AUAUAACCUAUCCACAUCCACAGCUGAACCUUAACGUGCAGGAGGCACGACGUGCAACUCCGCAAAGCUCAAAGGACCCAACUGACAACUCCGAUCCGAGGCCCCGCGACGGACCGGCUGCCGGCGAGGUGGAGCGAGAAGAAAAAAACAAGGCGCGAUCAUUUAAAAUAAGGAUGAUGUCGACGGCGGCAAGCUCAUCGGAGCACCCGCGAAGAUCUGACUACGAAUGCGAUCCGGUCACUGCGCCUGUUGAGUUCUCGCGCGACUUCCAAGAUCUGGUAUUGGUGCCGCUAAUCGAGAGCAGGCGGGUCCUCGCAAUCCGCGGCUGCCUGGAGCAAGGCGCAGAGGCAGCGCCGCGGUCACCGGUCGUCGCCGCGGCACGGCAAACGUUCUGGAUUCGGGUUCGUCAGAAGGUCGAUGGCGGAGGGGCUGCACGCCUGGCGUUGCAAUGCGGCAUCCGUCUCCUCGAGCUGGGCGAGCUCUCGGUAGCAGAGGCUUUCUUCGAGGAGGUGCUCGUGCGCGCGCGCGACCUUGUGACUAAUGAUCCCGAUGAUGAGGUUGAAGCGGCAGGAUGGCAUGCGGAUGCGACCUAUGGCCGCGUGGAGUGUGAGAUCCUUCGGAUUUUGGCCCGUGAUGGAAACGUGCGGUACCCAAGGUCAGCCCAGCGGCUACUCGCGGCCGCGAAAAGUGCUCGCAACGCAAUGGUAGACCUACUAGCACUGCCCACACGUGAUCAUGAGCGCAUUGCCUGGCUCCUGCUCAACGGUGCAAUUCUACUCCACGGAGUUGCCGAACCGCUUGCCGCGCGAGGCGGCCCCCUCGCGCGACACGCUGCCGAGCAUUUGCUAUGGGCGGCACGAGCCCUCGAUGCAAGCGUUGGCCUCGCAACAAUUAAGUGCGCAUCGGUGUACUUACUUAUGUAUGUGCUCGCUUCAUUGCUGACCAACCGCAGGUACCUGCCCGCACGAUGUCGGCUCUACGCGCUCGCGGCACGAGCAUGUGACGAUGCCGGGUGCCCAGAAGCCGCCCGGGCGGUGCUGGCACUCCUUGGUGACUCUACACAUGCUCUACGCGCCGCAGAGGAGAUGCAACAGCCACUACCGCCACCUAUUGCCGCCAAGCUCCGCGCCGCCGAUGAAGACUUGGCGAUCCUUGCAGUCGCUGCGGACGCGGCGGCGUACGGCACGCUUGCGGACGACACAGGCGACCCUGGCGAGACGGAGGCGGCAGCUGAGCCCAUUCUCACAAAUGCAGGUCUAGGUGACACUGCUACAGUGCGCGGGCGACGGCUGCGCGCACGUGCACUUCUCGAAGCGGCCGUAGUCCCAAACGCACGUGGCCUCGCCGGUGCAGUUGGUGGCCCCGGUGCGCCAUGCACGCGUGAGCGCGCGCGCCGCGCAGCGCUUGCGCGUGCGUGCGCGGAGGUAGCGGCACCAAUUAGUGGCGACAUCCCCACACUCGACGCACCGCAGCUAACGUCGCUUGCACGCACACUCUUUGUUCUUGGCGAGCGUGCAGAAUUCAGGCGCGUGGCGGCCAUUGCACAGGGGGUAGUCGACGCAGCCGCAAACAUCGCCGAUGCCGCAGACUAUUCUAGCGUUGGUGCGUUCUCAAGCGGCGCUAGCUCCGCCGGUGAAGUCGAGCCGCCUCGGGAGCUUGCUGCUGGUGCGGCUGCACCACUGCGUGCUGAGCACGCACCGGCGUAAGCCUGGUUCACAUUUGAUUUCCCGUGACAAGUGAUCGAGACUAGUCGCUUCCCACAGGCUGGAGCUCCUCAGAGCACUUGAUACAUUUCUUGCGUGGGACGGCGCAGCCGCUCGUGACGCUGCAGCCACGACAGCUGCACGCUCCGAGGCCGCACGCACAGAUGUGAAUGCUGCAACACAAUGCGGCGACAGCGAGACCUUGGCGCAGGCACGCGAAGCUGUUUCCGGAUACGUGCUCGCGGCAGAGGCUGCGGCAGCGGACACGGUCUCCGUCGUACCCUCUGAUGGCGGUUCGGUCGUGCCCAUGGCGCGUGCUAUGGCCAUUGCCACAAAACUACGCGCUGCAUGCGCCGGCAUGACCAGCUUCGCGACAGUCACGUGUCGGCCAGAUAUCCUUGUUGAUAUCGCCGUGUUCCUCUGGCGCGCGGUCUGUCUCCCUGUACUCGCAGCCCUGGAGAAGCAGCGAGUCCUUGACAUAGACACUGCGGCGACCGAGACCGUGGCGUGGCGCCAAACCAAAGGUAUUGGCAUCGCACCUGCGCCAGCGGGCGAAGAGAUCGCGCGUCUCUUCCUGACGUCCGCAUCUGCGGUCCACGUUGCACACCGCGCGGACAUUUCAAGGCCACAGACGCAUCGUAGAUAAUUCAUCGGGGCGCGCGCGUGCGUGAGAAAUCAGGGGGGUGGACGUGUGAUGCCUACGUAGGUUGUGUUGACGCGAGUGGAUGCUGACGACGCAAUACUCCGCGCGCGAGUCGCGCUCACGUUGGGUCAUGAGCUCCGCGAUCAUGCGCAUAAAUUUGCGGCCUCUGGCCGUGGCAGCAGCGGUGGCACGCUUCGCGCAGCUGUCCAGACGUUACGCGUCGCACUCAACGCGGCCAAUAGGGCACGUGCGGAGGCUGCUGAUCCAGAUCUCCACGAGCCUGUCGAGGCGGCAGAUCACGCUGCGCUCGCGCGCCAGUCCAUUACAGCCGAGGUUGAUGACGUGUCCGCUGCAGCGGCUGCCGCGGGUCGCCUAGGCGCACACGGCUAUGGCGGGUCAGGUAUUUUCGGUGCGGGCUCGCAGCUUGACACCCUAGACCAAGCGCUGGCUGCUGUGCAUCUCGACCUCAUCGACGCACGCGCCUGCGUGAAUCACCAACCCCCCGCCUCCCCCCAAGUCCCUCUCUCGAUCGCUAGCCGUAUGCCAACCUCGCACGGAACCCAGAAAGUUUCUCGGGGCGCAUUGGGAGGGAUAUUUCGUUAACUGCUCAGGCGCUUGCGCUGGCCGAGCUCGACCUGGCUGAGAGCGAGCAUCGCCCGCCACGGUGCGGCAGCCACAAGACGAACGCGCGGUCAGUCCAACCGCGUGCUGAGGCGCGCUUUCUCGCUGAGCUUGGGUGCCACCACGCCGCAGUUGCGGUCACACGCACGCGGAUGGCUGCACGUCGACCAUUGCCUGCGCGCGAUGCUGACCUCGGUGAGGCACUUCGGCUCCUCGGCGUUGCGGCGGCGCGCGAGGCUGAUCUACUGGCGAUCAUCAUGCGCUGGAAAAACACGCCAUUAGGCCUUGCGGACGUGAGCUGUGCUGCAGGCACAGCACCACCGCAGCCGGCACUUGUUUCGCGCACCCAGGCGGCGGUGACGCUCCAGCCGCGCAAGUGGAACGGGCCGCCGGGCGUCGACCAUCUCAGGUGUUUUGGGAAGGCUGCAGGCGAUUACCCGCGCUGAUUCCAAUCGCCCGCUCAUUUGAUGACCAUGCGGCCCGCCCUUUGGGGGCAGCGGUGUGCGUGAGUGUACACUGACCGUUGCUCACUGCGCCAUUGCUGACCCAAGAUAACUUGUCUUCCGAUGUCCGCACAGGUGCAGGUACUGACGUGUCUCUUACAAACGUGGAGCUGCCUGGCCUCGGCGUGCCGAUUAGAUACGACGCAACGACGGGUACAGGUGCUGCCAUCCGCGUCUCAGGGCUCUGCGCGAACGAGGCGUACGUCUUUGCUAUCGGCGCGUUCGAUGCGGCAGGCCGGCCAAUUGGGCCUAUCGGCCCAACAGGACCAGAAAUCGAUGCGCUUGUGCCUCUGCCGCUGCCACUGUGUUUUGCACUCGUAGCGCGAGAAGCGGUCGCGCUGGGGGUGGAAAGGACAGCAACCGCCGCCGCGCUUGUCGUCUAUGAGCACAUUGUUGACGUUGAUGCGUCAGGCGGCCAUGCGCUCCGGGCGGCCAGGGUCACUCGCGCAUCACUGGCCGAAGUCUAUGCGUUCGUGGACUGCGCACGUAUUCUUGCGGACUGCUCGGAAAAUGGGGGUCUCUCAUUUGCGUAUGCACCCGGCAUUCUGGAGCCUAGGGACGCAACUGGUACCGGAGACACGAACAGCGGAACGGCGAGAACAGCCACGACCGCGGCCAGUGGUGCGCUGACGGCGCCCAUCCAAGCAAUGCAAUACACUAAGGUUGAAAUCCUGCUUCGGACCGUUGAAGUCUCGGCACUGACUGUGGGGCAAGAUCCGGAGACACUGAUCGACUGCAUCAUACGAUGCUACUGCGCGGCAGUCCCGCUGCUCAAACUGCGAGCCGGGCAUCCACGUUGCCUCGUCUUUCGUGCCCUGGUGACACUACAUCAGGCGCUUUGGCUUGUUCCACUAGGUAGUUGGGACGAAACCGUGCGGGAGAUGUUUUCCUGCGUCGUCACCUGCGUUGCAAGCAGUUGAGAGGUGCAUCUGGGCCGUUGAUCAACGCAUUCCGUAUCCACGCAGAUCUCGUAUCAGGUCAUGCUUGCCGGAGACGCGUGUGCUGAACCACGUGCAGCCGCUUUUGCACUCCUCGAGCAGACGAGCGCCGUGGCGGCAACAUCUGCCGAUGUAGGCACUGGCACCAGCGUGAAGCAAAAUUUCGAUGGGAUCGUAGCGUUCCCUGCGUUGCCGCGGUCCAGUAUAGUGUGUGAGCCUCAAGCGGCACUCGUACGGACCUGGCUCGUAGACCCACGAUACCGGGUCGCCGGUGUCGAUGUACUGCGUGCGGCGGCGGCGCUAGGUCCUGCGGACGUGCAGCCUCCACCGCUCAUGCUCGCCACAGAGAACCCCCAGGCGGCGUGGGCUGCCGUCGUCGCGUGCGCUGACGACCAGUUCACGCGAGAGAAUGCAGCAUCCUCGCUGGCUAGCAGUGGGGAAGGCGCGAACGCAAGUGAAGACCGAGGUGCGGAAGUUGGAGCAGAGGCCGAGUCAGGAAGCCCACUAUUGCCCCCAUGCACGGAGAACGCACUCCGCGAGGCGUGCCGCGUCAAAGGAAUCGCCCUACGAUGCGGCUACUUUGCUCUCAUCGAGCGAUGGGCAGAAAGGACGCCGCUGGUCACUGAGGACCGUCUUGUGCCGCUCGUACGCAGGGUCCUUGCGGCAGAGCACGUGGCUGAAGUUCACGCGGCCGCAGAGCUUGCGGCAUCCGCUGCUUUUGCCACCCCACAUUGCGCCACGAUGGCUGUCGGUACGGACAAAGGCCCCAAUAGUGAUGUCGACGAUAAUCUUGCACUUGCGUCCGCGCCGGACCCAGCAGCCGUGGUCAGGGCUGCGGCCGUGACUGCCGCGCGCGAGGUGCUUCCGUAUUUUCGGCACGUCACUAGUGUAGGAGCAGGUGUUGAUGGCGACGCACUGUCGGCUGCUAAAACUGCCGAUACCUGUGACCUCGACCCCUCGUCGCAAAUGGCACCGCUGGCCACUGCAGCAGGCCCGCGCCCGCGUCGACGUCGAUAUUUGAAUGACCCGCCAACCAGUCGAUCGAUCGAUAGAUCGCCCGGGGCAUCGACAUCCGGCCGCGCAGGUCAGCUCCUGUGGCUUGCGGAGAUGGAGAAGCUUCGUGGCCUGGCGACAUUGGCGACGCUUUGCGCGGGGCCGGGUCACGGCAAUAACAGCGACAACACUGAUGAUAAGACGGUUGACGGUAUCCGUGCUCUCGGCUGUGUUGGCGCGUUCGACACAGACGUAUGCAGCGCAGUCUCACAAGGAUACCUCAAUGGUGACGACGGUGGCGUCGGUGCCGAGCCCUCGACCCAAGUGCUCGAGAAGCGUGCGGUGGCAGGCACGGCAAUCGAUGCGCGCACAGGCGCAGUUGCUACGCUAGCAGCCGAGGUCGCGCGCGACGCUGUCGCUGCCACUGAGUCGGCAGCGCGUUGCUCUGGGGACCAAGUAUUGUCAAUUGACAAUACAGGGAUUACGCCGAGCGCGUCGGCCGCUGCACGCUUUUCCACCGCCGUGCGUUACCUAGCGCGCGCAGGGACUCGCGCACGUGAGGCCCGAGCCUGGCACUUGGCGGUGUGCGCCUGUAAACAUAUCUGGAAUGCAACUGCAAGCCUAUGGAUUUCGCCGCUAGCUUUCGCGCCACGCGCUCUUGCGAUCGCGCGCUUUGAGGACCAACCACAGCUAGAUCCUGCGCCCUUUGUCGAAGCUUCUUACGUGCUACUAGAUGUCCUUGCCCGCGCACCACAUGCAUCGGCAGCUAGCAAUUGGCUGCGACCACCUUCAGUUAUACGUUCGACGGCCAGUGGCAACGACAAGGACCACGUUCGAGCAGAAGCAACAGAAGCAACAUUAGUUGGCGAGGUAUCAACUCGCGACGUCGAGCUUACGUACGCUCAUAAUGGUAGCGACACGUUUCCAUCCGAGGCGCUCGCUGCCGUAGGACUAGACCCUGAGUGGGUGUGCCAGUUUGUCGCGUACACGUUACGGUGUCUUGCCUAUGCACGAAGGUGGGACGUCCUCCCGCCGCUCGCAAGGCGUCUUGUGGCGUCAAAGGCGGCGAAGGUAUGCGCAAUAGCUGACGAUGGCGGGCUCGCGCCCGUGUGGACAUACAAUUUCUUUGUGACUCCAGCUAGCUCGCACGGUUAGCUUGAGCGACGUGCUCUCACCGUCCAGAGAAGGGAGGAGAAUUGGAGGGGAGGGGGAGACAGUAUACAUCUCUAGCAUCGCAUCACGCACCCAACUGAUUUUCACGCAGGCCCAUCACAGCGAUACUCAGUGAGGUGCAUGCGCUGACCGUCCACGCACACGAUCAGGUAGUUCGCCGCGCAGCUGCUCGCGUGCACCGUGCUGAGGUCAUACUCACUGACGUCGAGACAAAAGUCGAGGUGGCGACAACACGACGCGCAAGCCGGCGUCGGUCGCGCUCGGGCCGGAGUCAACGCGUUGAAGAGCGGUCGGCGGAGGAACGUGCACUUGAGACGCGGUGUCAAGUAUGGGCUGACCUAGUGGGGUCAGCGCGUGCAGCGCACCAGGUGGCCGAUCACUGUGCAGAGGUCGCUCGGGCGGCUGAUCGCGAGUACCGAAAGGCGCGGCCGCUCACGGCCGAGGCGCUCGAUGCAUGCCGCACCAGUUUUCGCCGUGCGGUUGCCACUGCAACCAAACCUGACGCCGCAGCCACUCUAGCUAAUGUUCGCGCAGCUGCAGCAGCCUACCGGCACGCUGCUAAGCUCAUUCGUGAACGCCGAGAGCCGCUACUACUUGCCCAGGCCUACAAGGACGAGGGAGAUCUUCACCUUGCCGCAAAUGACGUUGAAGCGGCUGGCAUAGCCUGGCAUGAGGGUAUCGACGCGCUGUUUUCGGCUCGUAAUGCAGCCUCCAGUUGGCGGGCUGUCCUCGGUGGUGGUGUUAUCGACCCCGCCGGGCCUGCAGCCAGUGCGUGGCUUCACGCGACACUGGGUCUAAUAGGUUGCCUUGUGGGCGGCACGCUUCUGGGUCGCAUCGCUCGGCACGUGUGUCGUGACAAUUUCGAUGCCAGGCUCGAACGCGCACGCUUUGCAGCGUGUAUGUUCCGAGCGGCCUUUGCUGCCACAUUGCCACACCCGGGUACGCAUCUCAUGCGCCCUGGCGGUCAGCGCUGCCUACCGGGCGUCGACGCGGCUUUUGCGCGCUAUGAACCUUCGCUCCUCGGCGCGCUCCCAACGCCUCUUUUCGGUGCGCCGCGGCGUCUCGCACCGCGUGCGCUCGCGAGCGCGGUAGUUACGACCAUUGGCGCACUCGUUCGUGCGGAUCGCGCACCGGCUGCGCUUCCGCUCGCUUGUCUCCUCGAACACAUAGCAAUAAGUCAUCGCUUUGACGUGCGAAUGACCGCACUCGCACGUGUGACGCGACUUGGUGCGCUCAUCGGGGCUGGCCUUGUCGCUGAGGCGGCAUCGGUCCUCGCCGCGCUGCUUCGCGGCGCCAAUUUGCCUGAAGUUGAUGGUGCAUAUGUGGGCUACGCGACCCGCGAGCCCAUGCGCACUUCUAGCGCGGACGCUGGGGACCCGCCACCAGCAUCGGGGACGCUCCCAUUCUGCGGUUUCGCGUCAUGGAAUGCGGCCCUGCCGCCCGACGCGGCUGAGAACACGGCCGCCACUACAUGGCUCGCUGGCUGGGGCAGUUGCGGCGACGAAGACGCUGAGAGCACCACCACCAUGUUCCGGCGUGCGGGCGACGCGGAGGGCGUGGCGGGUAUUGCGCUUGCCGCCCGGCUGCCGCGUGGUUGCGCCGGCCUUCAUUCGCUCAACUUGGUAGCGGCUUAUGGCGCCAAUGUGCUCGUGGCGCUUUCACUUGCCCGCGCGGAGCUAUUGCUGGCGUUGGCUGUCGGCGCUGGUGAGGUCGGUCCUGGAGCAAGUUUGCGCGAGACGGUAGAUGCCAUAGCCACCGAGGUCCAAACGACUAUGGUAGAAGCUCAGAGCGGCAGCGAGGGAGUUGGCAGUGACUCGUGGGCGCGUGUACGCGACACUUCACGGUGCCUGGACCUCCGCGCGCGAUGCGCGCUUGCAUCGAACCGUCCAGCGACUGCGCACUGCCACGCAGCGAUGCUAUUGGCGCUGCUCCAGCGUCAAUGUCGCAGUAGCGAUGGCGCCACACGGGCGCACAUGCCUGACGCAGCGGCAUACGACGUAGAUGCGAGUUUCUGGGCGGCCGGCCGCGCGUACCUCGCGCAAUGUGCGCUUCUUCAAAGACGUCUAGACAACGCUAUGGUGCAUUGUGAGCUUGGGACGGCCGAGGCAGACGUCGUGCGCGACGCCUGUGGUGCACGUGAUCUCGCCUCCGUGGCAAUUGAGGCGGCAGUGAGGCGCGGUAACGACGCUACGACAACACUCGCGGCCGCCGAAGCGCUGAUCAAUGCUCAUGAUUGUGUCGAUGUGCCUCAUCGCAGCUAUGUACGUGCGCUGGUUGGUGCUGCGGGCCUUCAGCGGUGCGCGGCGCUCGCCGAGGAUGAGAUUGAGGGGGCACUGGCGCACCUCGAGGCCGCGCAUGCACUUCUGGCGCGCGCAGACGCGUCGCUGCUCCAACAGGCUGCCGAUCGAGCGUGGAUUGGGCUUCAGGGCAACGAGAGCGUAUUAGCACCCGAAGCAGGACCUCCCGUGAUACCACUGGCAAACUUGUACCUUGCACCUCUCAGAAUAUUGCCUGUAGUCCGCACUGCGACUGCUGAAACGCUCCUAGACCUGGCAACGGCGGCCGAUUUGCUGGAUGAUGAUGCUAGUUUAAUGCUCCGGGCGGCUGCUCGCGACGUUGCCGAGGCCGCUUUGGCAACUGCGUGCCAUGUGGUGACGCCAGCACCAGCGCUUCGUGCUACAGCACUUCUUCUAGCGGGUCGAGCGCAACGCGAGCUCUUUCAGCGCCAUGGAACCGUAGGUAGUGCUAGAGCAGCACGCGAUGCACUCAUGACGGCACUCUCCAUUUCGUACGAGUGUGGUCAUGACCACGUUGCCAUGCGUGGUGCGGCACUUGAGCUUGUUCGACUUCACUGCGGGCCAGAAGGCGGCGGCGCCGUCGCCCCCGCACGCGAGCUUCAGCUUGCGACGCAUUUCCUUUCUCUAGCCGCGCUUCUCGCGCAGCAGCGGUGUUUAUUGGACUUUGAAGCGGCGACACUUGCCGCUGGUGCGCCGGCGCCUGGCUUCAGGGACGCGUUCAGUGUGGCCGAUCGUGAGGACAUGGGUGUUCAUGACGGUGCCGACAUCGCAGUUGCGACUGCCGUCCGCCACCUGCUCGCACUCCGGAGAGAGACGGAAAUUCCUGGCGCACUGCUUGACGUGCUUGCCAUCCGUGCGCACGCCGCGGCGUGCCGCAUUCACGAAAUCCUGCGCGAGUACCUCCCUGCCUAUCGAGAAGCCUGCUGUAUGGACUUAGACACGCUCAUACUCGCAGACAACGUCGUGCCGGCCGUGCCCGAGGCACUCGUCUGCGUCCAGUGGGUCGCAGCGCCGCUUGAAGGUAUUCGUAGUGAUUCGGGUAUAUAUCCAACUGUCGAGGCCUACGUCCUCCUUGGCGUUGUCGCCGAUCAUGCGGGCGUGGGUCGAUUCGCCAAUGCGCCUCACCUCCUCAAGAUCCACGCCAUAACUUCUGCCGAUGUCAGUGCAAUGCGGCGCCGCUGUGCCAAGCUCCGCUACGCACUUCAGCGCGCUGGUGGCUGCAUCCCACGGGUACUCCGAGCUGAGUUUGACGUGAUUCUCUGCGACAUGCAUGCCAUCCUCCACCCAGGCUCAACCAACGCACGCGCACUUAGCGGCGAGCCGGUCGACUCGACUGGCGCGUCCCUGGACGUCGAGUGCACUGCGGACACGCUUUUGCUCCUCGGUCAAUUCUUCUCCAGUGAACUUGGGACCCGCAUAUCACACAAUGCCCUCUGCUAUUUUCUCCGUGAUGUCUUUGAGCCUAGCAUCUCGGCAUAAACUUGAGCUUGAGUAAAUGAACUUGAGUAACUACAGGGAGAAGGCCUCUAGAGGCUUGGUGUAUGUCCUUUUCUUUAGGUCCGGAGAUCUGGUAGCAACUUUCAAGUUGAAAUGAGGCUGGCAACAACCGUGACUUGAUGCGUCUGCAGGACUCGGAGAGCCAAAAAAUAAUACUAGAUGAUGAGGAGAAGGACGAUGACACUCCAUGGGUCAAACAGACACAUGGGAAGCAUUCAGGGGACUAGGAUAUAUUCUCCGCAGCCUGAGGUCUCAGGCUGGGCCAUUAGUCCCCCCCGGCGGCGCCAGGGGUCACUCCUUGGGUCAUGGGUCAUUUGCAAUCUAGUAGUAGUAGGCUACCGUGGGUACUAGUAGUAUAAUAGUACAAAACCGUGACACUGGCAAAUAAUAUAAUAACUUGAAUCACUCGAAUAAAAA